AUGAGGAAAGAUCAUGCUACUGAAGGUGCUCUUCUAGCCAAGAGCCAACAAGCAAAAAAUUACAAGAAGAAUCAUCCAGCUAGCAGUCAAAGCAGUGCAAAUAAUUACAACAAAGGAAAGGGUGAAAAGAAAAAUUACCCUCCUUGUCAACAUUGUGGCAAAAUGGGUCACCCUCCAUUCAGAUGUUGGAGGAGACCAGAUGCCAAAUGCAUAAAGUGCAAUCAAAUGGGACAUGAAGCAGUCAUAUGCAUGAGCAAAAAUCAAUCACAAGAGGAAGAAGCUAAAGUUGUUGAACAGGAGGAGGAGGAAGAUCAAUUAUUUGUGGCCACCUGUUUUGAAAGAAGUAAAGAAAAUGAAAGUUGGAUAAAUGAAAGUAGUUGCACAAACCAUAUGACCUAUGACAAGGAGCUUUUCAAAGAUUUAAAGCCAACCAACAUCACCAAAGUCAAAAUAGGCAAUGGUGAUUAUAUUUCAGUCAAAGGAAAGGGAACUGUUGCAAUAACAAGUUGCUCAGGUACAAAGCUAAUUUCUGAUGUCCUUUUUAUACCAGAAAUUCAACAGAACUUGUUGAGUGUUGGCCAAUUGAUUGAAAGAGGCUUCAAAGUCUCUUUUGAAGACAAUUUUUGUUUGAUUAAAGAUGCAACUAGUCAAGAAAUUUUCAAAAUCAAAAUGAAAGGAAAACGUUUUGCUCUAAAUCCAUUGGAGGAAGAGCAAGCUGCCUUUCCUGUCAAGGAGAACAUAACAGAAGUUUGGCACAAAAGGCUUGGGCAUUAUCAUCACCAAGGGCUGCUGAAAAUGCAGUAUAAGAAAAUGGUAGUUGAUUUUCCAGAACUUGAUGAUCAAAUACCAACAUGCAAGACAUGUUAA